AGAGCAUUAUACAACCACGGUGACCCAUUUUCAACAUAGAAAAAUAGCAAAAUAAUAUUCUUUUUUAAUUAUUUUCCACAUAUUGGACGAGAAUACGUAGAAAUGAAGCUGAAUCAUAGACCAGAAAACCGGAUCGUACCGGUCGGUUCAACCGGUCAAACCGAAAAACCGACCGGUACGGUAAAAUCAGCACAAGCAGCCCACCGUACCGCUUUUGGUCCAAUUUCAGGUUGAACCGGUUGAACCAGCCGGUACGAUCCGGUUUCCUGGUCUAUGCAUUGAACUACUCGUGAGCAACUUGGCUCACGAUGACUCAUUUGCAGAAUUGCAGCCUUAGAUACAAAUAAUCCUAUGCUAAAUUGGCCCAGCCGCGGUAAAGAAAAUACACAAUAAUAUGAUUGAGCGUAGUGGAAGGGAGGCUUACAAUAUCCUGGCCCAUUAUACCCUUUGGCCCACAAAGACCUCCUCUUUGCUGGCCGUUUGAGAUAGAAUAACAACCAAUUACAAGAAGCCAUCAGCUUCUUUCCCUUUCCUUAUCUAUAGAGAACCAUAGCACUGCCCUUUGCAGAGUCACACAGACAUAUUCCCAAGACUCAGAAACCUGAAGCCAAAAAUACUAAAAAAUAGAAAUGUUACACAACUCCAGAAUCUUCCAAUCCACCAUUAACCUCCAUCAUCAUCAUCAUCGUUGUCAUGCUCCGACGCCACUGCCGCCAAUUGCACACAGUUCUCCUGUCACUCCAUCACUACCCCUUCUCAGAGAAUCCCCAAAACAGUUCUCACGCAGAGAGCUCGCAGUUUUCAGCAAUGCAUCGCUGCUGCUUCUGCUGGGACGUAAAGCGAGAGCUGAAGAUAGCGUCAAAGAAGGCAGUGGCGGUGAACAAUUGUGCAGCAGCAGUAGUCAAGAGCCUACAUCACGGGCAUUUCUUGAUAUAUCCAUUGAUGGGAAGCCAGCAGGACGAGUAGUCAUUGGUCUGUACGAUGAUGUUGUCCCAGUUGGAGCUUCCAGGUUUAGUAAACUAGUGAGUGGGAAAGCUGGCAUCACCUACAGAAGGAAAGAAUUCAUCAAAAUCACAUCAAACUAUGUGCAACACGGUGGAGUGAGAUCCUAUGGCGUGGAUGCUGAUCUGGCUAGGAGCACAACAGGGGGCGAUUUGGCGGCUGAAACCUUGGUGGAUGAAUGGCAGGCACAGAAUGAGAGGUGCACUGUUGGAACCAAGAACUUGGCAGGGAGUGUAGGGAUUAUUGUUAGGAAUCCGUUAAAGCCACCACCGAAGCUGAAGUUGGUGGCAAAGAAAGGGAAGCUGGAGAUUGACGAGGAAGAGGUUGGGAGUGAUCCGAAUGGUACAGAGUUUGUGAUCGCAACUAAGGAUUCGCCUGAGCUUGAUGCUGCAGCUUUGGUGAUUGGGAGAGUGUUGGAAGGGAUGGAGGUUGUCGAGAAGAUUGGACAAGUGAAGACGGUGCAGGACAAUACUACCUCUCCUUACUUCAGAGUGGCAAAGCUUAUAGGCGACAAGAGGGCUGUGGUUGCAGAAAGAGGUUUCAAUAGGCCAUAUUCAAAGGUGAUCGUCACAAACUGUGGUUUGAUGGAAUGAAGAAAGUUCUUCGGGUUGUAAGACCUUCCAGUUCUUUCAUUCUUUUUGUCCAUUAUUGUUUUCCUAGCGGAACGGACUUACUAUCCA